AGAUGACACAAUGGUGGUGAUGUUUUAUAAAGCCAAGCCUGCCUUAUGAGACAUUGGCCAAACUUAUUACGAAUCCCGACUGUGGUGGACGCAGACCUUUAUAAGCAAAGCAAAAUUGACAUGUGCCCAGAAUGCGCACAUUAAAGGCAGCAAUCACUGGUAUACUACCCAUCCUUUUCCUGCUCAUACAACAGAAUAAGACGGAAAAAUGUGAGAAGACCAAGAUCGGCAACGAAUACUACAAACGACAGCUCAUAGCUACCAUCGAUGGCUAUCCUACAGGAAUUGUCAUAGAUCCCAGAACGGAGCACAUAUUUUUCAUCCUUCAUAAAAGAAACUACACGAAAGGGAUACAUCUACUAAAGCAUGGAUCUUUGGGAAUCAAAGAACUGCCAGUUUCUGAUGAUAUCAACGGCCAAUGUGUGGGCAUAGAUGUGGCUAACAACGUCAUCUACAUAGGCACAAAUCAAGGACUCAUCACUUAUGAUUAUUCUAGAACAGAAAUCACAGCAGAAAGGCCUAUAGGUGACGAUGAUGUCAGAGGGAUAUUCAUUGACAAAACUGACAAUCAAAUGUACAUUGCUACUGGGUCAAACCACGAAAUUUUCCGAUUUAUGAACGGCUCUGCAGCGGUAAAAAGGUACGAGAAGAUUCCCAAGGCGUACAGUUUCGUUUUAGAUAGCAAAGGAAACGCUUUUUACGAGUAUGUAGACGGAAGAUUGUACUUUUUCUCCAUAGAUUUCUACGAGCCUAUCCAAUACAAAGGUUUUACUAGAGAACUGAAGUAUAUUCUUCAACUGAAUAACAACGAUGAAGCAAUAGUUGCUGUGAAGGGCUCCCUGUUUAGAUUAUUCACGAAAAGCAUUCUGCCAGUUAAAAUAGGGCAACUUGGUUUCAAAAUCACUGGAAUGGCGUUUGAUACUAAAAAUAACAUAGUUAUUGGAACUAAAGGCAAGAUUUAUAGAUAUAAACCUGUUGAUAACAACGAUCCGUGCCCCCCAGAUGACUAUUUCAUGUCUAGCAUCUAAAUUACAUUAUAUUUUAUGAUUUUGUGACGUUUUGUGACUAAGUGUAAUAUAUUUUUUUACUAA